AUGGCUGAUCGGAAGCCCAGCUGCAAGAAAAGCCCGGUUCAAAUUCUGGACCAAGAGUCCAAGACCUUAAACCGCUCCACAACCCUCCAAUGCCUGCUAGUCAACUCCUCCCCUGGCGGAGGUCAACCCGACGAACUCCAUCAUCACCAGCAUCAACAGCCGCAAGUCCUGCAAAUCGGACCUCUGAUAUCUCAACAAACCCCAAUCGCCAACAGCAGCAGCAAUCGUAUCACCUUCUGGGACCAAGACUCGUCCUGCCUGCAAUGGCUGGGCACCCAGAAGCCCAAUUCCGUCCUCUACAUCUCCUUCGGCAGCUGGGUCGGCCCAAUCGGAGAGCCCAAAGUCCGGGCCCUGGCCACCUCCCUCGACGCGAUCGGGAUCCCGUUCCUCUGGGUGCUGGGUCCCACGUGGAGGCAGGGGCUGCCACGUUGGUUCGAGCACGACCUGUUAAUUAGCCAGCGUGGCAGAUUGGUGACGUGGGCGCCGCAGAUGGAAGUGUUGCAACAUUUUGCGGUGGGGUGCUACCUCACGCACUGCGAAUGGAAUUCCACGGUGGAGGCCGUACAGUGCCGGAAAAGGAUGCUGUGUUUCCCGGUCGCCGGCGACCAGUUUGUGAACUGUAGGUAUAUUGUGGAGAAGUGGCGGGUUGGGGUGGAGCUGAGUGGGUUUGGGAGGCAGGAAUUGGAGGAAGGGUUGGAGAAGGUUAUGGGCGAUGGUGAGAUGAAUGGUAAGUUGGAGAGUUUGUAUGAAUUGAGUUUGGGCAAGGAAGCUAAAUGUAGCGCAAUUGCUAAUCUCAAUGCCUUUGUUGAUCUUCUGAUUGGAAAGACCCAAGAUUUAUAA